AUGCUUCGGAAAGUAUGGUCUUCGUUAAAUCAAUCAUCCGUAUCAUUCCAGAUUCUUUCUGACCUCCAUCUGGAGGUCAACCAACAUUACUCAUCCUAUGAGAUUCCCGCCUGCGCAGAGCAUCUUAUCCUCGCCGGCGAUAUCGGACGCUUAACGGACUAUGAAGAUUACCGCAACUUCCUACAGAAAUUGACUGAUCGAUUCAAAUUGGUGUUUCUUGUACUUGGGAAUCAUGAGUUCUAUAAUGAGACGUUUGAAACGGGAAUAGAAAGAGCAAAACGACUUGAGCAGGAUCCUGCAUUUAAUGGACGGCUGAUCGUCCUCCAUCAGAAACGAUACGAUGUCCCAGGUUCUAACGUUAGUAUCCUUGGCUGCACACUUUGGUCAAAAGUACCCCAAGAAUUGGCCGAUAUUGUUCAGUCAAAAGUCAAAGAUUUCCAGAGGAUUGCAGACUGGUCGGUUGAAGACCAUAAUGCGCGCCAUGAUUCUGACUAUGCCUGGUUGAUGAAGGAGAUACAUUCAAUACAACAGGAGAAUAAAGCAGCGGGGAAGCGCAGUAGGCAACGGUCUAUCCUUGUUGUGACGCACCAUGCGCCUUCGCUUGAGGGGACCUCUAGUCCCAAGCAUGCUCAGAGUCCUUGGAGUGUUGCCUUUGGAACUGAUAUCCUAUCGGGGAGUUCUGAUGAAGUGAAAGUCUGGGUGUUUGGACAUACCCAUUACACUACUGAUUUCAUGGAGCAGGGGGUAAGAGUCGUGAGCAAUCAACGGGGGUAUGUGCUGCCUUGGAGUGAUCCGAAAGCACAGAGCGGGUUUGAUGUGAGGAAGGUCAUACAGCUAUGA